AUGCACUUCUCCAUCCUUACUGUGCUUGUGGCCACUACUACUCUAGUGGCUGCCGAGCCACCAUGUGGGACCUGCAAUCCAACCUCCGGCCAGAAUCGUUGUGAUGUUUCCACCUCGUGUAUAAACACAGGAACAUCCUUCCAUUGUGCCUGCCGUGCUGGUUUCAAGGCAUCGUCGAACAACAACGAUGUGAACAAGCAGUUCCGCCUGCCGAUGCCGAACUAUCAAUUCCUUGUUUUCGUCCCUGAGAACACACCCUGCAACACCCCGUGCGCCAACCCUAUGGCUGCACCUUCGGCACUUUGUAAUGAGGUCCCGCUCUACAACCAGUGCCCGGCAUAA